GCCCCUGUGCAUCUCCAGUAUGGGUGAGUGAACCCUGCCGACCCAUCCUACACGCAACAGAGUGAGGAAGGACGCCACGGGCUGACGCCUAUCCCAGAUCGGGAGCCAAUCCCUUUGGAACGGCUGUCAUUCCAACGUCUGCUCUCAGGACGCAACAAGAGUAUGAUGUGUCCGUCACGCUGUCCAUGCCUCGCUCGCCUGCCAACACCCAUCGAGGCAAUUUCAUGAUCGCCCUCCACCUUCUGGAUGUCGGCGCCCUCUCGACGGGAUACGACCAGUUGCAACCCCAAAUUCCUCCCGAGCCUUACAGCCAUUUCGACGGCAAAUCCGUUCUGUUCUCCUCGCGACGCCCAGCACUCGUUCCAUACCAGGAUCCCCUGGUAUCACUUGCAUCGCGUAUAUUCUUCAUUGCCUAUUAUAUUCUGUUCGCGGAUUCACAAACAUGUGUGCUCACAGUGCCUAUGGCCGAGCGGGUGGAGCUGGGCAGAGGGUUCUCAUUGCCAUCAUCAGCCUACCUAGAAAUACAGGGUGGUCAGAAUAUCGAAACGUAUUAUGCCUCGGUGACACUGACUGCUCAGCUAAGAGGCCUACGCUGGCUGAUGUACCACUAUCGUCUCGCAACCCUCACUUCCGCCAUUCUAUUGUUCUGGGCGUCUGAGGUUCUAUUCAUGGUCGUGGCAUGGUUAUUGUGGUCGGGACUGUCAGGAUCAGGCUCAGGCUCUCGCACCAGUGCUGGAAAGGCCUUGGAGGAGGUUUCAUCCAAGGCGGCAGGCCGAGUCAAAAGAGAGGAUGGCAGUGGAGUUGACGAGCUGUCGGACGCGCCAAGGACAUUCCCAACGUAUGGUAACCAGGCACCGCUGCGAUACGAACCCGAAAUCAAAGAGGAAGCUCAGGCGGGGCCCCGUAUGGAAGAUUUGGUCCCACUCGGGGGCGAGGCGGAUGACGAGGAAGAGGACGACGGACGGGGUAGUUACAAGGGUGACUCGGGCAUUGGAACAAGCUACAGCGAGGGUGGCUCGAGCAGUGUUCGGCGCAGAUCAUCGCAUCAUCGCUAGAUUUUGGUGUUUAAUACCGUCUUUCUAGGCAAAUCGAUAAGAGUGGUGUGGCCUGGAGGGCAAGAAGAACCGCAGAUGUUGAAUACGAUUAGUCAUGGACGGUCUCGAAUUCUUCUUGUCAGAAUAUUGAAGUCGAAGCUUUCGACAUUAUUCGAACUGAAAUACAACUUUGUUUACUAAGGAUGCUCAACUGGCAUUGGGGCAUAGACACACAAUCAAAGAAUGAGCACACAAGUUAAACGUCCUGG